AUGAUCAUGAAAAUGGCGUGGAUAGCUCUCGUGGUUUUGAUAUUGCAAACACCUGAUGCACACAGCGUAUUGAAUGGUUUGACCAACUACGUACCAGUAACAACAACAACACUGGAUAUGCUGUUUAUCUUUGACUCGGCGAAUGACGAACUAUUUGAACAAGCAAAACUCUUUACUGUCGAUACACUAGCCGCUGCUGACAUUAAUGGCGACUUGGUGCGUGUUGGUCUCAUGACCCUCCAUAAUCAAGUCUUUUAUCUUCAUAAAGAACUGGAUAAUGAUAUGAAUAAAGACACUCUUAUAAAUGUUAUACUGAAUCUGACGGCACAGGCACCAAGUAGCAUAUUGAUUACUGACUUCGAGGGGAUUUUCAGCGAGACAAAUGGAGGACGUCUUUAUGUAAAGAAUAUAACAGUGGCAUUUGUGUCAAACUAUACCGCUGAUGAUAUCACUAACGGCCUGCAGAUUCUACAGAAUAAAGAGUUUGAUAGUGAAGUGAACAUCGUUGGGCUACAACUGUACAACGCAACUAAUAUGAUGUCUUACUCCAGCCAUACAUACAUCACUGAAGAUAUUAAACAACUAGGCAGCUUCACAGCUACAAUAUUUUUCCAAACUUUUACAGACGAUUGUCAAUAUAACCGCCCAAUACAGACAACAACUGCAAGUGUGCCCCCAGUUGAAGCACUUACGGAAUGGGAGCAAAAUACCAGGGAUAAUCUUAUUCUCGAUACAGCAUUACUCUCUUCGACCAUUCGAAAGAAGACUUCAGCCUCCGACAGCCGAACGUCCAGCACCUUAAUAGGCUCUGUGGGCUUGAUAAUUGUUCUAACGACAUUUUUGCUACCAAUAAUAACGGACAUACCAACGUUUAUACGGGAUGUUAAACUCUCAAUCAAAUACCAAAAGAAGUAUAGACGUAAGAUGGACAAGCUGAAGGCAGGAAUGCCACAUUGA